GCCGGUGCAGUGCGCGGGCAGGUGGCGGGGGCGGCGCUCCCGGGCCCCCCGCGGCCGCUCCCUGCCCGCUCGGCGGCAGCGCCGGCAGCGCCGCCGCCCAUGCCCGGCCCGCGGCGGCGGAGGAGGAGGAGGAGGAGGAGGAGGUGGAGGAAGCAGCAAGGGCAGCGGCGGCCCCGGUCCUGGCAAGCCCCGGCCCCGGUGGACCCCGGCAGCGGGAGGAUUAUGAGGGAGCCAUGAGCCCCCUGCGGAGCUGGCUGCUCGCCGCCCUCCUCUCGCUCACGCCGCGGGCAGGUCCCGCCGCGGCGGCCGGCGCUCUGCAGCGGAGGGUCCCACGGGCCGGAUGGCAGGACGGGCGCCUCGUGUCCCAGAUCACCCACCCCAGCAGGUUAGUGGGGCAGAGCUCGGGGGGCGAAGUCCCGAAGCCUCAGCUGGACACCAGGGUCAGGCAUGAGCCUCGAGGAGGAGGCCCCGCGGCACAUCUGGCGCGGGUGAGCUUCUUGGUGCGCGCCUUCGGCUCGGCCUUCACCCUGGACCUGGAGCUGAACCACCACCUCCUGGCCUCGCGCUACGUGGAGCGGCACGUCGGCACGGGCGGCAACGGCAGCCGCAGCACGGGCGCCGGGGAGCAUUGCUACUACCAGGGCAGCGUGCGCGGGCGGCCCCGCUCCUUCGCGGCGCUCUCCAGCUGCCAGGGCCUGCACGGCGUCUUCUCGGACGGCAGGGCCACCUACCUGAUCGAGCCCCACGCCGGCGCCCAGCGCGGGCAGGGCCCGCGACCGCACGUGAUCCGGCGGGCGCCCCGACACGGCCCCGGCUGCUCGGAGCCAGGCUGCCUCCCGGCCCCGCUCCGGCACGCCGGCGGCUCGCCGAAGCCGCGCCGGCGGCGGCAGGUGCGGCGAGCCCAGCACACGGUGCACAGCGAGACCAAGUACAUCGAGCUGGCGGUGGUGAACGACCAUCAGCUGUUCCUGCAGCUCCGCAAGUCCGUGGUGCUCACCAGCAACUUCGCCAAGUCCGUGGUGAACCUGGCCGACAUGCUCUACAAGGAGCAGCUCAACACGCGCAUCGUCCUGGUGGCCAUGGAGACCUGGGCCUCCGAGGACAAGAUCCGCGUGGAGGAGGACUCGCUGGAGACGCUCGCCCGCUUCAUGAAGUACCGCAAGGAGACGGCGCCGGAGCCCAGCGACACCGUCCACCUCUUCUCGGGCCGGACGUUUCAGAGCAGCCGCAGCGGCGCCGCCUUCGUGGGGGGCAUCUGCUCGCCCGCCCGCGGCGGGGGAGUCAACGAGUACGGCAGCGUGGCGGCCAUGGCGGUGACGCUGGCGCAGACGCUGGGGCAGAACGUGGGCAUGAUGUGGAACAAGCAUCGCAGCUCGGCAGGCGACUGCCGGUGUCCGGACUCGUGGCUGGGCUGCAUCAUGGAGGACACGGGCUACUACCUGCCGCGCAAGUUCUCCCGCUGCAGCAUCGACGAGUACAACCAGUUCCUGCAGGACGGCGGCGGCAGCUGCCUCUUCAACAAGCCCCUGAAGUUGUUGGAUGCACCCGAGUGCGGCAACGGCUUCGUGGAGGCGGGCGAAGAGUGCGACUGCGGCUCGCUGGCGGAGUGUGCCAAGAGCGGCGGCAGCUGCUGCAAGAAGUGCACGCUGACCCACGACGCCAUGUGCAGCGACGGGCUGUGCUGCAAAGGCUGCAAGUACGAGCCGCGCGGCGUGUCCUGCCGGGAGGCCGUGAACGAGUGCGACAUCCCCGAGACUUGCACCGGCGACUCCAGCCAGUGUCCCCCCAACCUGCACAAGCUCGAUGGCUACUUCUGCGAGAACGAGCAGGGCCGAUGCUACGGCGGCCGCUGCAAAACCCGAGACCGGCAGUGCAAUGCGCUGUGGGGCCGCGGCUCGGCCGAGCGGUUCUGCUACGAGAAGCUCAACGUGGAAGGGACGGAGCGGGGCAACUGCGGGCGCGAGGGCCUGGGCUGGAUGCAGUGCAACAAGCAGGACGUCCUCUGCGGCUUCCUCCUCUGCGCCAACAUCAGCGGGGCGCCCCGGCUGGGCGAGCUCAGCGGCGAGAUCGCCACCAUGACCUUCUUCCAUCAAAACCGCUACGUGGACUGCAGGGGUGGCCACGUGCAGCUGGUGGACGGCUCGGACCUGAGCUACGUGGAGGACGGCACUCCGUGCGGGCCCAGCAUGCUGUGUCUUGACCAUAAAUGCCUUCCAGUGACGGCCUUUAACUUCAGCUCCUGUCCCGGCAGCUGGGACGGGAAGAUCUGCUUUGACCAUGGGGUCUGCAGCAACGAGGGCAAAUGCAUCUGCCAGCCCGAGUGGACGGGCAAGGACUGCAGCGUGUACGACCCCAUCCCCGAGCCGAAGCCCACGGGCGAGACGGAGCGAUACAAGGGUCCCAGUGGCACUAAUAUCAUUAUUGGCUCCAUCGCUGGGGCCGUGCUGGUGGCUGCCAUAGUCCUAGGGGGCACUGGCUGGGGAUUUAAGAAUAUCCGGAGAGGAAGGUACGACCCGGCUCAGCAGGGCGUGUAGCCCCCCCUUCCCCGUCUGCCGUCCACCUCCAUCCUCCCCGUGUCGUCUCCUCCUCACCAUCACCAUGGCGGGGGGGCGCCGGGCGCUCCGCCGCCGCCGCCGCAGCCGCCUCCGUCCGCGGCGCGGGCAGGGCGGCCGCGUGGGAGCCGGGGCGCAGCCGGAGCGAGGGGGACGGGACCCACGGCCGCCCCACAGCCGCCGCCGGGGGCUGGUCUCCCGGCCCGGCCGUCGCCUCCCGGCGCCCGUCCCCCUGUCCUGUCGCUGUGUGUCCGGCCGCCCCGUGUGCUGUGUCCGUCUCUGUGGCCCCGCCGCUUCGCCCGGGCCCCCACGCAGGCCGCGCAGGCCCCCGCGGCGGCCCCGGCUCGUUUCGGCUCGGCGGCCGCCAUCGCGGCCUCUCCACACACACACACACUAAACCUCCCCCCCCGCCUCGCUUCUCUGUUGCAGGUCCGGGGGGGCCUAAGCGGGCGCCCGCCCGGCCCCCCGCGCCUCGCCGGGCCUUCGCGCCCAAGCGGCCAGCGCUUACGCCGGGCCCCGGCCGGCGGCGAGAGUCUUCCGGAGGAGGAGAGCGCCGGGGCGGCCGUGCGUGGCCCUCGGUGCCCGGGGGGGGCCCCCGGCCUGGGCCCGGCCUGGUUUUGUUCUUAAAUUCACGGCACCGCGACGAAUGUAACCUCUCCCCCCACACACACCCCCCCCACCCUGCGUGGGGCCGUGGGGCUGAGCCCCAAGAGCCUGGAGCCCCCUCCUCCCCCCCCCCCCCACCCCAGGCCAGCGUCCCGCCAUGGGGGCUGCAGUCCCCCCUCCCCCAGAUCUGCUGCCCCAAACGUCCCCCAGCCCUCAGUCCCUCCUGCCAUGCCCCGGUGCAGGAUCUGCCCCCCCCCC